UCGAACUCGUACCUGACGCUGCUGGCCUGCAUCAGCCCGAUGCCGGAGGACCUGAGCGAGACGCUGUCGACGAUUCGGUUCGCGCAGGGCGCCAAGACGCUCAAGAACAAUCCGCAGAUUAAUUUGGUGGCGGCGGAGUUAAAGGCCAAGGAACGCGCUCGCACCCCAGCUAAAAACUACGUCCCCGGCGCCCUCCGGAAUCGGAACCUGGCCGCCAAGACGCCCAAAUCGGCCAAACGACCUGCGGCCGGUGCCGGAUCAUCCGUCAAGAAGGUCCACAGCAACACGUUCUGCACGCCCAGUAAGAUCCGCAAACUGGACUACGGCAAGCUCAACACGACGAUCGCACCGGUUCCGUUCCAGAAACCGGCUCCGCCGGAACCGGUUCUGGUGGCUCCGCCAACCAGGGCCGCGCUGCAGCAGAUGAUGCCGCCACCGGCGCCCGUAUUUCCGAGAUUUAGUGACGUUACGGAGCGGGACUUUGACUGCAUUCCCUCGGAUUGCCGGUCGUCGAUGCUCAGCUUGAACCUGUCCAGCUCGACGUCGGUGGACGGUCCGACCUCGGCGGUGACGGCGAGCUCGUCGACGACGAGUGGCAUUUCGUCGCAGGUGUCGAGCUACAGUCCGAUCGUCAAAAAGUGCAUGGAGACCUUCGAGGCCACCAUCGAGCAAAAGUUGGCCGCCAUGUUCGAGAAGAUCCAACACAUUGCCCCAGCUCCAGCGCCAGCCCCACCACAAAUUGCGGUCAUCCCAGCCACACCAGUCCAACCAAUAACCAUCGACUGCACCACCGACUCCCAGGCCGCUCCCACUCCGACUCCAUCCGCCUCUUCCGCCAUCCCGUGGGACAUGAUCCGGCGCGAGAUCCAGGAGGCAAUCCGGUCGGAAAUGAGCACCAUCAACGACUCGCACGGACCCAAGUACGAGACGAGUACGCCGUGCCGAAGCGUCGUCAAUGAGUCCAGGUUGACGGUUCCAGGCACGAUCAAGUUGGUCAAUCCGGCGCUGCAACGGGUGAAGGGGAUGGCGGCGGCGGUCACCGUCGCGGAUGAUUCCCUUGGAGAUGGUGGAGAUUUGGACGGAACGGUUGUGAUGAACACCAAGACACCCCGGCGAUACGAGGUCAUCAGCGUGGACAGCGACGAGGAGGUCGAGGACGAUGAAGAAGGGGUCGUUGUGCGGCGGAGGAUGUCCAAGCGACUGUCCGGAGGAGAGGUGAGACAGCCAUUCGCACGGGUUGACGCCAACGUCGUGGGUCGUAAGGUGGCCGUGGUUACGCCGAAGACCGUGCAGGUCAUGCGGGACGAAAGUGUCCUGUGGGAGGUCAAGGACAACGGCCAGGUUCGUCGUAGAAGUACGCGGAUCUCCAACCGGAAGAGCAACGCCGCCGUCCACGUUCACAGCAAGAAAGGUUGCUGUCCGUCGACGAAGAAGAAGAAGCAGCCACGAUUCGAGGCCCUCGCGGAAGAGGAAGUCGAAGCGGACAAGGAGAACGAAGGUCACGUCACGAUCCGGAAGAAGGCGCCGCCGAUGACGAUCAGCAAUAAGGUUAUCGCCGGGUACUUCCAGACGCCCGGGGCUGGAGGUGGGAAGAAGGACGCCAAGAUGACCGCGUCCAAGCACGGCAAGGCCGUGCUGGAUUUGGUCAACCGGGGCAGCAUCAAGGAGGUGCAGAUCCUGCCCACGGUGGGACUGAAGAUGGCCUACCAGAUCGUUACGCAUCGCACCAUCAACGGCAAGUUCAAAAAGAUCGACGAUUUGUCGAAGCUUUUCGUCGGUGGCAAAAAGUGGACCAAGUUCCUCGAGGCAAACUAUCUGUCCUAAUCGCGGCGAGAAGGCGAAAGCUCGCUUGUAUAACAGCUAAAAGCAACCCCUUAAUUUCAUCUCUUUUGUGGUCUCGUCUUUAUUUUGUAACAUUUUAGUGAUAAUUUUUAGUGAUCUAAGUUCGCGUCCUCUCAUCGCAAACACACGAGGUAAGUCGUUUUUACAACUCGUGUUUUUUCACCUCAUCUGUCGACAGUCCAUAAUCAAUCGCACUAGCAUUAGAAGAAAGAAACAAACUAUUGAAGAAAUACUAUUACAAAAAUAUCUUAGAUUCGUUCAAGUGAUCGCUCCGUGCUGCUCAAUUCGAUGAGUAACAAUUAUUUUUGAUAGAUUUUACUGAUUUAUUUUGAAAUCCAACACCAGCUUAUGCUGAAAAUUUGAUUAAAAAAUGUAAACAUUUCUUGAAACUUAAACGUGAAUACAAAACAAUACUAUAAGUCGUUAGGCCUUUGCACUGACGUUUACGAAUGUACUUUAGGUGAUAAAUAUUGAAAAUAAUACAUGAUAAAUACUAUUUCAGCUUGUAAAA